UUAAUUACUAUGUUCUGUAAUGUUCAUUUAUGAACCGUUAGUUAUAUCAAAGUCAUAACAAGUUUCAAUUUUGCCAACACAAUUGGUUAAUAGAGUAACGAAUAGAUUAAUAUCUUUUCAAGUAUCUAAAAUCCACAUACACGUAAAGAGUUUUGGUCUCUAGGAACAUCUCGUCUCUCGCCUCUCUCCUCUGCGCUUGCCGAAUGCUCGGCCGUUUUCUCACGGUGGCUAUGCAGGAAGUCUUGCGUGCGAGCUUGCACAAUCAAUCGCAGUGGUGUAAACCGGGAUCGCUGCCAGAUCAGGAAACAUUUCUGGCUUCUAAUCCCGGCCGACGUCCUCCGGAAAAAGGAUUUUGGGGUGCCGGCCAACGAGGUAACGUCUGGUCCCAGAGUAGGGCGUGGAAACGGAAGAGCAGAUGGUUGUUGGUGGAGUGGGAUAUAAACCCAUCUGUAAGGAAGAAGAGCCGAAGUGCUCCUCGUAAAGUGAUGUGGAGAUUUAAACUCCCUUCGUCGGACGACAUGGUCGGCGAUUAUGUCCCCUCGUACGAAUCUUUCCAUGAUAUUCCCAGGAAGACAGCUCUAUCGAACCCUUCGGAGAUCCCGACCUCCGAGUGCAUCUCCUAUCACGUAGCAGGGCUCCAGAAGCAAAGUCGGAGCAAUGCCGGAUCGGGCAAAAUGUGCUGCCGCCCAGACCAAGUAAUCGGCCCCGGCUGGCCGGAACGAUCACGGUGACGCUGCCAGGUCCGGCCGGUCCACGCAAGCUGGAGGCGGAAUAGUUUGGAAAUCUGCUGGAUUCGUAUAACUGAUUUUGCGCGUGCGGUAGAGGGGAUUAUCCCCCGUAGAAUCCGCUGACGUGAUAGUAUUGGCGAUUGUAUUUUUAAAAAUGCUUAUCCGUUGUUUCUGUUGGAUGGAGAUAAAGAGGGGAUGUGGAGACGCCCUUAUUUUUCUCCCCAGAAGCGAAAUAAGAUAAACGUCCUGGA